GGGUUUUCCAAUCCAUUGGGGCGUCCCAGAUCUGCACCAGUGCCCAUUUGUGGUUGAGACCAUUCCAGACCUAGACAACAUUGAUGUCACUCCUGAGAAUGCUAUGGAUGUGGUGGAGAUGAUAGAGAGCCUGCUGAAGGACCAUCCAGACCUCAACUGCACUGAACUUAGCACCGUUCUGAAGAAACUCAAAAACAUUGCUUUCAUCAGCUGUAUGACCCCACCUCUGGGCAAAGCUAUCAUCAACAUCAUCUCAGACAUCUUGGAGUCGAAGAGCUACCUGCAGCAUGUCACCAACCAGUGGGUGUUUUCUCUCUGUUCCACUCAUCCCUACCACGCAGAUCAGGUGGUUAAAGAAAUGGAGUGGUGAUUAGGAGGAGGCUUCCUCAAAACCACACGGUCGUACGAGAUACGCCUGGGAUCCGAUCCAGAAUCCAUACUAGCCUACCAAUUAGAAUGAAGGAAUAUUUGGGCUGAUGUUAGUAUGGAUAUUGGAACGUAGCCCUGGACUAUUGAAGCUGUACAAAUGGAUAAUGUGUUCUCUCUCUCGCUCUCUCAUUUUCCUGUACGUUCUGCUAUCAAUAUUUACUGUGUCCUCAACUUUGCCCCCUGCUCUUUGCUCUGCAGAAUACUGAACAUUACAGAGAUGGUUGGCGACAAGAUGUCUGGUUUUGACCAGACAAAUUACACUUUGGGUGCUUCUGCGAUGGCAAUCUCCGUGGUGGACGUAGACCGGGGCCAAUUUCAGGUGCUCACUUUUGGCGUCUCGUCCGCUGCAGAGGGCCUAAACCCAGAGAUUUAUAUCAACAAGGAUCCGUUCAAAGGGACGGUUGCAUUCAUCUCCCUACCCUCAGCCUUGAAGUACAGAUUUCCUCAACACAGUGGUGCCCAGCCGCGGGUUCAGUUUCAGUUUUAUGGAGUCCCAACUCUCUUCAUGAACAACCCGGAUGGGAAGAUCCUGAACACUUAUGUGGUCUCAGCCAGUGUCACCAAUGCCAGUGGCCCCAUCAAGGACCUAGAGGAGGAUGUAGAGGUGACACUACACCACGUGAUGUCCAAUCCACUUGGCAAGGAGGUGCAGUGUGUCUACUGGGACUUCAAUCAAAAUGAAGGAAAGGGAGGAUGGGAACAGCAUGGAUGCAGGAAGCACAACACCAGUGCUGACUAUACCACAUGCUUGUGUGACCACCUCACUCAUUUUGGAGUACUUCUGGAUGUAUCCAGGACUCAAAUCGACAUACCAAAUGAGGAAAUUCUGACCAUCAUCACUUAUCUGGGCUGCGGUGUAUCCUCCGUCUUCCUGGGAAUCACUGUGUUGACAUACACAGCUUUUGAGAAGCUCCGCAGAGACUACCCAUCCAAGAUCCUCAUGAACUUGUCUCUGGCGCUGCUGGGGCUCAACAUGGUUUUCCUGGUCAACUCCUGGCUCUCCUCCUUUGGCAGCUAUGGGCUUUGUGUGGCGGUGGCUUCCGCACUGCACUAUUUCCUACUGGCCUCUUUCACCUGGAUGGGCCUGGAGGCUGUGCACAUGUACUUUGCCUUGGUCAAAGUCUUCAAUGUUUAUGUGCCCUCGUACAUCCUAAAGUUCUGCUUCCUAGGAUGGGGAAUCCCUCUGGCUAUAUGCUGCGUAGUUCUGGUUGUGAAGAGAGAGUCCUACGGCAGCUCCCUCGGCAGUGAGUCCAUGGAACCACUAGAUAACUCUGAGGCGUUCUGCUGGAUCCAGGAUGAAGUGGCUUUCUAUGUGUCUGUGGUGGGCUACAUUCUGCUGGUGCUGCUGUGCAACAUGGCUAUCUUCGUGGUGGUCCUGGUCCAGAUCCGCCACAUGCGGGUCAAUCAGCCGGCUGGCAUCCACAGCGGCCUCCUUCUGCAGGACCUGAAGGGGGUUUCCAGUCUCACCUUCCUGCUGGGUCUCACCUGGACUGUGGCUUUCUUCGCCUGGGGGCCAGCCAAGGUUCCCUUCCUCUACCUCUUCUGUGUCCUCAACAGUCUGCAAGGUGAGUGA